AUGGAUGAGCCAGAGCACUCGGCGAUACCACCACCACCGGGAGCCGAAGAAGAAGCGCUCAGCGGUUCACGGCCGCCUAUCUACUAUGGCGAGGGCCCGUUCGACGCACCGAGCUCGGACGAGGACGAGGAUGAGUUGCUGGAGAAGAUGGCACAGCGCUCGCCCGCGCUCGCGGAGCGCGCGAUGGACGGGGAGGCGCGUGGUUCGAGUCAUACGCUCAGGCUUGGGGGAGGUGAUAAGCGUUCUCCACUGCGGGUCCUCGUCCUCUCGCUUGCAGCGCUGGUCUUCCUAGCGGCGUGUAUUGGCGUGUUCGCGGCAUCCACUCUUUACAAAGGCAGCUAUCGUUCACAUGGGCAUCGCAAGAUUACCAUGGACCACGUCUUCAACGGAACGUUUUCGUCGUAUACACGGGGUCUGGACUGGGUGCCUGAAGCGGGAGACGGCGUUUUCUCUACAUUCGAGGGCGGCACUAUCAAACUUGUUGACCUCAAGACUAACACUACAUCCAAUUUGGUGUCUAUGGCGGACAUUCGGGAUGAGCAAGGCGCGAUGCUCAUUUGGAGCCAGUGGAAGCUAUCUGCGGAUAUGAAGUUUAUUAUGCUUAAGGCAAACCAGAAGAAGCAAUGGAGGCACUCCAGUUUUGGGAACUACUAUAUUCACAAUCUAGAAACAAAGGAGACGGUGCCUCUUAGGGCACCCAGUGAGCCUCCUGUGACUGCAUAUGCUGCUUGGUCGCCAACGGGCCAGUCUAUUGCCUUUGUUACUUCGAACGACCUCUACGUCCUACCCUCCCCUACUUCCACCACCCCAAUCCGCAUCACCUCGACCGGCAACGCCUCCCUCUUUCACGGUGUGCCCGACUGGGUCUAUGAAGAAGAAGUAUUCGAGGACGAAUUCGCGCUUUGGUGGUCACCCGACGCGUCGCGGCUCGCGUUCCUGAGCCUAGACGAGACGCUCGUGGACGAGUUCCGCUUCCCCGUGUACAACCCGACCCAGAACUCGUACGAGAUCGUGCCAUACACGGACGAGGUCGUGAUGAAGUACCCCAAGCCUGGAUAUGCCAACCCAAUCGCGAGCGUGAGCGUGUUUGACCUUUCUGCGUACACGGCGGACGGGCUACACCCUGACGAGGCGGACCGGGCAACGUAUGAGCUCGACUGGGAGGGGAGGAUCGAUAGGAAUAACAGCGUGAUCACGGAGGUGGCGUGGGUGGGCAAUGGGAGCCUGAUUCUGAAGGAAAUUACGAGGGCGGCGGAUGAUGGGAAUGUGGUGUACUUCGAUUUGGCGUAUUCGAAUGAUGUCACGGUGGGCAAGGUCGUGCGUAAGCUGGGCAAAGACGGCGAAGAGGGCGACGAUGGGUGGAUUGACAGUCACCAAACGGUCCUCCCUCUCCCGGGCACAGACCAAUACGGCACCUACGGCGCCUACCUGGACAUUGUCCCCGACGCGAACGGCUACAACCACAUCGCGCUUUUUGACCCCGUUGACUCAGAUCAGCCGCGGUUCGUCACGACGGGCGAGUGGGAGGUCACGGACGGAAUCCAGGCCGUCGACGCCGCGCGCGGGCUGGUCUACUUCCAGGCAGCGAAUCCCUCCACCGAGCGGCACCUUUACUCUGUGCCCAUCCCGACGAUCGAGAACCUGAUCAAGGGUCCCGCUGAGCCGACGUCGCUUACGGACGAGUCCGUGCCCGGCUCAUACGGAGCGAGCUUUUCGCCAAAGGCUGGGUUUUAUCUGCUCAACUACCGCGGGCCAAAUGUGCCGUGGCAGAGAGUGGUGCAGGUUGACAAUGAAGAUUUCGAGUACGUCCUAACGGAGCACAGCCAGCUCAAUGCGACGCUCGCCGAGUUCGAGGCGCCAGUGGUAACGUACUCGACGAUUGAGAGCGAUGGCUACGAGCUCAAUGUACGCGAAAUGCGCCCUCCUCGGAUGGACGACUCGGGUCGGACCAAGUAUCCUGUGCUAUUCUUCGUAUACGGCGGGCCGGUGAGCCAGCAGGUGAACGUGGACUACAAGCGCGACUGGCACGAUUAUCUCGUCUGCGGACUGCAGUACAUUGUCGUGACCGUCGAUGGGCGCGGGACUGGGUUCAAGGGGCGCAACCUGCGGAACCCGGUCAAGAACAACUUGGGCUAUUGGGAGACGGUCGAUCAGAUUAACGCGGCGAGGAUCUGGGCGGGCAAGAGUUAUGUAGAUCGGACGAGGAUUGGGGUGUGGGGAUGGUCGUUUGGUGGCUUUAUGGGAUCCAAAGUCGCCGAGGCAAAUGCGGGGGUGCAUUCGUUGGCCAUGUCAGUAGCGCCCGUCACGAGCUGGCGAUACUAUGACUCGGUCUACACGGAACGCUACAUGGGUCUGCCUUCGACAAAUCCGGACGGAUACGUCAACGCCUCGAUCUCGCACGUCGAGGGUUUCCACAACGUCGACUUCCUCCUCGCGCACGGCUCGGGCGACGAUAACGUGCACUACGCCAACUCGGCGCAUCUCUUGGAUAUGCUCACGGCGGACCAGGUGCGCGGGUUCUGGUUCCGGAUGUUCACGGACAGCGAGCAUGGGAUGAAGGUGAGAGGGGCGUAUAGGGAGGUGUAUGAGUUCAUGUUGGCAUUCCUGCUUGAGAAGUGGGGCAAGGGCGGACGGACAAGGGGAUGA